UUUCUCUAUCCUCUUCUUAACUGCAACCAAUCUUCUUCAAAGAUGAAAACUUUAUUUCUUCCGUCUUUUUCUGAUCCUCUACUUUUGUUAUAAUACGCCGUGGGUGAUCAGUGCCUAUGGUCGUUGGCCUCAUCACUCAUCAUAAGGUAGAAGUGAUUUGAGAGUUUCUGUACAGGGAAAAAGAUCCCAAUUUUCAGUGACCUAACCUUUUCUCUCUCCUUCCUCCUCUCACGUACACCCAUAUACAUAUAAAUAUAUACCUUCUGGAUCUCCUUCCACCUCUUAACGGAUCGCAGAUUCCAUCAAGCUCAUUUGGGUCUCCAAAUUUUUGUUUCAGUUCCGAAUGCUCUUAAAUUCUGUUGUUUUCUUGUGUUCAAAGAGAAAACAUGGCUGAAAGCAGGUACCUUUGUAGUCAACAGUGAAGGGUACAUAGCAGCAGGUGGCUGCUUAAAAAUCUCAUUGUUGAUCCACACGGUGUCGGAAAAUUUGGCUCUUUUUUUGUCUCUCUAUUCUUGAGUUGAAGAUGGAGUGUAGGAGAAAGAGGGAUAAUCCAAAAUCAAACUCCACUUUUCCUGAUGAGGUAUUGGAAAGAAUUCUAGGGAUGUUAAAAUCUCGAAAGGACAAAAGCUCGGUUUCUUUGGUUUGCAAAGAGUGGUAUAACGCCGAGAGAUGGUCAAGAAGGAGUGUGUUCAUAGGUAACUGCUAUUCUGUGUCUCCUGAGAUCCUAACUCGCAGGUUUCCUAACAUUCGAAGUGUCACACUGAAAGGGAAACCUCGUUUUUCUGACUUCAACUUGGUUCCUGCAAAUUGGGGUGCUAAUAUUCAUUCAUGGCUGGUGGUGUUUGCUGAGAAGUACCCUUGGCUUGAAGAGUUGAGGCUCAAGAGGAUGACUGUUACUGAUGAGAGCUUGGAGUAUCUGGCUCUCUCUUUCCCCAAUUUCAAGGCCCUUUCCCUUCUCAGUUGUGACGGAUUCAGCACUGAUGGGUUGGCUUCAAUCGCCACUAAUUGCAAGAAUUUAACUGAACUUGACAUACAAGAGAAUGGUAUUGAAGAUAAGAACGGCAAUUGGUUGAGCUGUUUUCCUGAAAGCUUCACAUCAUUGGAAGUACUGAACUUUGCCAAUCUUCACAACGAUGUAAAUUUUGAUGCACUUGAGAAACUUGUCAGUAGAUGCAAAUCAUUAAAGACUUUGAAGGUUAACAAAAGUGUAACACUGGAACAAUUGCAAAGGCUUCUUGUUCAUGCUCCUCAGUUAGGUGAGCUUGGUACUGGCUCAUUUUCACAAGAGCUGACGGCACAGCAGUCCUCAGAGCUUGGAAGUGCAUUCAAAAAUUGUAAAAAUCUUCACACCCUUUCGGGGUUAUGGGUAGCUACAGCACAAUAUCUCCCAGUUCUGUACUCUGCUUGCACAAAUCUAACUUUCUUGAAUUUUAGUUAUGCUCCUCUUAACAGUGAUGAUCUUGCUAAGCUCCUUGUUCACUGCCCUAAGCUUGAGCGUCUAUGGGUUGUGGACACAGUUGAAGACAAGGGGCUAGAAGCUGUUGGAUCACACUGUCCGUUGCUUGAGGAACUGCGUGUUUUUCCUGCAGAUCCCUUUGAUGAGGGCAUUGCUCAUGGGGUUACUGAAUCAGGGUUUAUAGCAGUCUCUCAAGGGUGCCCUAGACUUCACUAUGUUCUCUACUUUUGCCGUCAAAUGACCAAUGCUGCUGUUGCUACCGUUGUACAAAACUGCCCUGACUUCACUCAUUUUCGACUGUGCAUCAUGCACCCUGGCCAGCGAGAUUACUUGACACAAGAUCCUAUGGACGAGGCCUUUGGAUCUGUUGUUAAGACUUGCAGGAAACUCCAGAGGCUUGCAUUAUCAGGUUAUCUGACUGACCUGACUUUUGAGUACAUAGGAAAGUAUGGAAAAAACUUGGAAACUCUUUCAGUCGCAUUUGCCGGAAGCAGUGAUUGGGGCAUGCGUUGUGUGCUCGACGGCUGUCCAAAGCUGAGGAAACUCGAGGUAAGGGACUGCCCAUUCGGCAACGAUGCUCUUCUGGCAGGUUUGGGGAAGUACGAGUCAAUGAGGUCGCUGUGGAUGUCAGACUGUGAAGUGACAAUGAAUGGGGUUAGAGAGUUGGCCAAGGAAAAGCCUAGGUUGAAUGUUGAAGUCAUAAACGAAGAAACCUACGACAAUCAACAGGCUAAAAAGGUUUAUGUCUAUCGUUCUGUUGCUGGGCCUAGAAGGGAUGCCCCUCCUUUUGUUCUCACUCUCUGAAAUGCCAUCUCCACUCCUACUUUGAAGCUCAAAAUGUCCUUGCCUUUGGUUGCCUCCAUCGCAGAUGGCAAAACCUCUACUGUUUGUUAUUCGAGACUCAACAAUAUGGAAGGUGGGAGGAAAAAAGGGACUGUGCAUGAUUCAAACAAACUUCAAUCAUGUUUCCAAUGCUUGAUUUUUCUCUUGGUAUAUCAUAAAUCCAGCUUCUUUUGACACCCUAUAAUUGCAAUACUUGGCUUAAUGAUAUACUAGCUGGACCCACUGAGAUAAAUAAUGAAACUAUCGACCAAGUCACAACAAAUAUGAGCAUCGAUUAAAGACAGUUUAUAAAUUCAGAGGAUCGUGGCGGAAGUCUAUAUACUUAUCUGUGCUCUUUUUCUCCUUACUGAAGACAUUAUUUUUGUUCUCAUUGUAAUAUCUAUUCAAGACAAUGCAACAUUCCCAUCUGAAAAUGGAGGAAACCAUGGCAAUAAAUGAGGUUAACAGAAAUAGAUUCAUGUUUGAUUGGAUAA